AUGCGAUGCGCGAGCAAGGCCGCCGAGAGCGCGUCCGCACGUCUCUGUGCGGACGCCGAAGCAGAAACCACAGCAACUGAUGUCUCAUCGGUUGCUGAAGCGACUCAGCCUGUGUCACUUGGUGAUGCAGGCGCUGGUCAUGAAGACACGCAUGUCUUCACAGAGUAUGAGCUCGGUGUCUCAUACUCUCCUGAUACGGAAGACGGAUCCUUAUCGACGGCAAUUGAAUCCAACCCGCCUGCCAAGCGGGCAUGGAUGAUGCUAUGCGUCGUAGCAUCUUUGGUUCAUCUGAUGAAUCAGAUGAACCAUCGCCGAAGCGAAGGCGCUCGAGGUCGCGAGAAUCGGGCGCUAACAGUGGAAGAGCGGGACCGCAAUGUCUUGCGUCUCGCUCCUGAGAAGAAGGCAUGGAUGCCUCCAAAAUCCGUCAUGGAUCACUUGUCGGCGACGACGAGUGAUCGUUAUCGAACAAGGUUGUUCGAUUCGUCAAGGAUCCAUCACCUUGAGCCCAGUGCAAAAAACUAUCGCGCUAAGAAUGAAUUCUUCAUCGAUGCUUUCUUUAGACAUCGAUGGUACAGUGGGAAUCACAAGCGUGAUGGUCCCUCACUGCUUCAAGCGUGGAACGCCUACAUCCAUAACCUCGAGGAUGUAGGUCGUGACGCUUGGAACGACAAAACUAUCAAAGCUCGUGAUAAGUUUGAAAAGCGAACCCCGACAGGUGCACGCUACAAGCUGCAUCGUCUGUCAAGGGCGAAGGGAUUACCCUGCCUCUCAUGGGGAGACUAG